CGUGACGGAAAGAAGCAGCACGACCUCUCCGUACAGUACGACCGUCACUUACACUUCACCUCUCACGGCGACCGGCACAGCCUCUCCGACGAGCACCGCGGGCAUCAGCGUGUCGGAAAGCAUCAGCGCGACCUUUCCGUACAGUACGACCGUCACCUACACUUCACCUCUCACGGCGACCGGCACAGCCUCUUCGACGAGCACCGCGGGCAUCAGCAUGACGGAAAGCAGCAGCAGGACCUUUCCGUACAGUACGACCGUCACCUACACUUCGCCUCUCACGGCGACUGCCACAGCCUCUCCGACGAGCACCGCGGGCAUCAGCAUGACGGAAAGCAGCAGCACGACCUCUCCGUACAGUACGACCGUCACCUACACUUCACCUCUCACGGCGACUGGCACAGCCUCUUCGACGAGCACCCCGGGCAUCAGCGUGACGGAAAGCAGCAGCACGACCUCUCCGUACAGUACGACCGUCACCUAUAUUUCUUCUCUCACGGCGACCGUCACAGCCUCUUCGACGAGCACCGCGGGCAUCAGCGUGUCGGACAGCAGCAGCACGACCUCUCCGUACAGUACGACCGUCACCUACGUUUCACCUCUCACGGCGACUGCCACAGCCUCUUCGACAAGCACCGCGGGCAUCAGCGUGACGGAAAGCAGCAGCGCGACCUCUCCGUACAGUACGACCGUCACCUACACUUCACCUCUCACGGCGACCGGCACAGCCUCUUCGACGAGCACCGCGGGCAUCAGCGUGACGGAAAGCAGCAGCACGACCUCUCCGUACAGUACGACCGUCACCUAUAUUUCUUCUCUCACGGCGACUGGCACAGCCUCUUCGACGAGCACCGCGGGCAUCAGCGUGACGGAAAGCAGCAGCACGACCUCUCCGUACAGUACGACCGUCACCUAUACUUCACCUCUCGCGACGACCGGCACAGCCUCUUCGACGAGCACCGCGGGCAUCAGCGUGACGGAAAGCAGCAGCGCGACCUCUCCGUACAGUACGACCGUCACCUACACUUCACCUCUCACGACGACCGCCACAGCCUCUCCGACGAGCACCGCGGGCAUCAGCGUGUCGGACAGCAGCAGCACGACCUCUCCGUACAGUACGACCGUCACCUACACUUCACCUCUCACGGCGGCUGGCACAGCCUCUUCGACGAGCACCGCGGGCAUCAGCGUGACGGAAAGCAGCAGCACGACCUCUCCGUACAGUACGACCGUCACCUACACUUCACCUCUUACGGCGACCAGCACAUCCUCUUCGACGAGCACCGCGGGCAUCAGCAUGACGGAAAGCAGCGGCGCGACAUCUCCCGUGACGGAAAGCAGCAGCGCGACCUCUCCGCACAGUACGACCGUCACCUACACGUCACCUCUCACGGCGACCGUCACAGCCUCUUCGACGAGCACCGCGGGCAUCAGCGUGACGGAAAGAAGCAGCACGACCUCUCCGUACAGUACGACCGUCACCUACACUUCACUUGUCACGGCGACCAGCACAUCCUCUUCGACGAGCACCGCGGGCAUCAGCGUGACGGAAAGCAGCAGCACGACCUCUCCGCACAGUACGACCGUCACCUACACUUCACCUCUCACGGCGACCGCCACAGCCUCUCCGACGAGCACCGCGGGCAUCAGCGUGACGGAAAGCAGCAGCGCGACCUCUCCGUACAGUACGACCGUCACUUACACUUCACCUCCCAUGGCGACCGCCACAGCCUCUCCGACGAGCACCGCGGGCAUCAGCGUGACGGAAAGCAUCAGCACGACCUCUCCAUACAGUACGACCGUCACCUACACUUCACCUCUCACGGCGACCGCCACCGCUUCUUCGACGAGCACCGCGGGCAUCAGCGUGUCGGAAAGCAGCAGCACGACCUCUCCGUACAGUACGACCGUCACCUACACUUCACCUCUCGCGACGACCGUCACAGCCUCUUCGACGAGCACCGCGGGCAUCAGCGUGACGGAAAGCAGCAGCGCGACCUCUCCGUACAGUACGACCGUCACCUACACUUCACCUCUCACGGCGACCGCCACAGCCUCUCCGACGAGCACCGCGGGCAUCAGCUUGUCGGAAAGCAGCAGCACUAUCUCCCCGUACAGUACGACCGUCACCUACACUUCACCUCUCGCGACGACCGUCACAGCCUCUUCGACGAGCACCGCGGGCAUCAGCGUGACGGAAAGCAGCAGCGCGACCUCUCCGUACAGUACGACCGUCACUUACACUUCACCUCUCACGGCGACCGCCACAGCCUCUUCGACGAGCACCGCGUCCACAUCAAGUCUCACGAUGACCAGCACGAACUCUCCAGUGAGUACCACUGCUGGCAGCACGACGGAUACCAUGAGCACGAGCUCCUCUUUUCACAGCACGACCGUCACGUCCACGUCGAGUCUUGCGAUGACCAGCACGAGCUCUCCAAUGAGUACCACUGGCGGCGGCGCGACGGAUGCCAUGAGCACGAGCUCCUCUGUUCACAGCACGACCGUCACGUCCACGUCAAGUAUCACGAUGACCAGCACGAACUCUCCAAUGAGUACCACUGGCGGCAGCACGACGGGUACCAUGAGCACGAGCUCCUCUGCUCACAGCACGACCGUCACGUCCACAUCAAGUCACACGAUGACCAGCACGAGCUCUCCAACGAGUACCACCGGCAGCAGGGCGACGGAUACCAUGAGCAGGAACUCCUCUGUUCGCAGCACGACCGUCACGUCCACGUCAAGUGUCACGAUGACCAGCACGAGCUCUUCAAUGAGCACCACUGGCGGCAGCGCAACGGAUACCAUGAGAAGGAACUCCUCUGUCCACAGCACGACCGUCACGUCCACGUCGAGUCGUGCGAUGACCAGCACGGACUCUCCAAUGAGCACCACUGGCAGCAGCACGACGGAUACCAUGAGCACGAGCUCCUCUGUUCACAGCACGACCGUCACGUCCACGUCGAGUCUCGCGAUGACCAGCACGAGCUCUCCAAUGAGCACCACUGGCGGCAGCACGACGGAUGCCAUGAGCACGAGCUCCUCUUUCCACAGCACGACCGUCACGUCCACGUCGAGUCACACGAUGACCAGCACGAGCUCUCCAAUGAGUACCACUGGCGGCAGCACAACGGAUACCAUGAGAAGGAACUCCUCUGUUCGCAGCACGACCGUCACGUCCACGUCAAGUGUCACGAUGACCAGCACGAGCUCUCCAACGAGUACCACCGGCAGCAGCGCGACGGAUACCAUGAGCAUGAAUUUCUCUGUUCACAGCACGACCGUCACGUCCACGUCGAGUCUCACGAUGAGCAGCAGAAACUCUCCAAUGAGUACCACUGGCGCCAGCACGACGGAUACCAUGAGCACGAGCUCCUCUUUUCACAGCACGACCGUCACGUCCACAUCAAGUCACACGAUGACCAGCACGAGCUCUCCAAUGAGUACCACUGGCGGCAGCGCGACGGAUGCCAUGAGCACGAGCUCCUCUGUUCACAGCACGACUGUCACGUCCACGUCGAGUCGUGCGAUGACCAGCAUGAGCUCUCCAAUGAGCACCACUGGCAGCAGCGCGACGGAUACCAUGAGCAGAAACUCCUCUGUUCACAGCACGACCGUCACGUCCACGUCGAGUCGUGCGAUGACCAGCACGAACUCUCCAAUGAGUACCACUGGCAGCAGCGCGACGGAUACCUUGAGCACGAGCUCCUCUGUUCACAGCACGACCGUCACGUACACAUCAAGUCACACCAUGACCAGCACGAGCUCUCCAAUGAGUACCACCGGCGGCAGCACGACGGAUGCCAUGAGCACGAGCUCCUCUGUUCACAGCACGACCGUCGCGUCCACGUCCACUUACAAUUCACCUCUCACGGCGACCGGCACAGCCUCCUCGACGAGCACCGGGGGCACCAGCGUGACGGAAAGCAGCAGCGCGACAUCUCCGUACAGUACGACCGUCACCUACAUUUCACUUCUCACGGCGACCGGCACCGCGGGCGUGACGGAAAGCAGCAGCACGACCUCACCGUACAGUACGACCGUCACCUACACUUCAGCUCUCACGGCGACCGGCACCGCCUCCUCGACGAGCACCGCGGGCAUCAGCGUGACGGAAAGCAGCGGCAGGACCUCUCCGUACAGUACGACCGUCACCUACAAUUCACCUCUCACGGCGACCAGCACAGCCUUUUCGACGAGCACCGCGGGCAUCAGCGUGACGGAAAGCAGCAGCACGACCUCUCCGUACAGUACGACCGUCACCUACAAUUCACCUCUCACGGCGACCAGCACAGCCUUUUCGACGAGCACCGCGGGCAUCAGCGUGACGGAAAGCAGCGGCAGGACCUCUCCGUACAGUACGACCGUCACCUACAAUUCACCUCUCACGGCGACCGGCACAGCCUCUUCGACGAGCACCGCGGGCAUCAGCGUGACGGAAAGCAGCAGCACGACCUCUCCGUACAGUUCGACCGUCACCUACAAUUCACCUCUCACGGCGACCGGCACAGCCUCUUCGACGAGCACCGCGGGCAUCAGCGUGACGGAAAGCAGCAGCACGACCUCUCCGUACAGUUCGACCGUCACCUACAAUUCACCUCUCACGGCGACCGGCACAGCCUCUUCGACGAGCACCGCGGGCAUCAGCGUGACGGAAAGCAGCAGCACGAACUCUCCGUACAGUACGACUGCCACAGACUCUUCGACGAGCACCGCGGGCAUCAGCGUGACGCAAAGCAGCAGCACGAACGCUCCAAUGAGUACCACUGGCCGCAGCGCGACGGUUACCAUGAGCACGAGCUCCUCUGUUCACAGCACGACCGUCGCGUCCACGACAAGUCUCGCGAUAACCAGCACGAGCUCUCCACUGAGCACCACUGGCAGCAGCAAGGCGGAUACCGUGAGCACGAGCACGAGCUCUCCAAUGAGUACCACUGGCGGCGGCGCGACGGAUACCAUGAGCACGAGCUCCUCUUUUUACAGUACGACCGUCACGUCCACACCAAGUCACACGAUGGCCAGCACGAGCUCUCCAAUGAGUACCACUGGCGGCAGCACAACGGAUACCAUGAGCACGAGCUCCUCUGUUCACAGCACGACCGUCACGUCCACGUCAAGUGUCACGAUGACCAGCACGAACUCUCCAAUGAGCACCACUGGCAGCAGCGCGACGGAUACCAUGAGCAGGAACUCCUCUGUUCACAGCACGACUGUCACGUCCACGUCAAGUCUCACGAUGAGCAGCAGAAACUCUCCAAUGAGUACCACUGGCGGCAGCACGACGGAUACCAUGAGCACGAGCUCCUCUUUUCACAGCGCGACCGUCGCGUCCACAUCAAGUCACACGAUGACCAGCACGAGCUCUCCAAUGAGUACCACUGGCGGCAGCGCGACGGAUGCCAUGAGCACGAGCUCCUCUGUUCACAGCACGACCGUCACGUCCACGUCGAGUCGUGCGAUGACCAGCACGAGCUCUCCAAUAAGCACCACUGGCAGCAGCACGACGGAUGCCAUGAGCAGGACCUCCUCUGUUCACAGCACGACCGUCACGUCCACGUCGAGUCUUGCGAUGACCAGCACGAGCCCUCCAAUGAGCACCACUGGCAGCAGCACGACGGAUACCGUGAGCACGAGUCUCACGAUGACCAGUACGAGCUCUCCAAUGAGCACCACUGGCGGCAGCACGACGGGUACCAUGAGCACGAGCUCCUCUUUCCACAGCACGACCGUCACGUCCACAUCAAGUCACACGAUGACCAGCACGAGCUCUCCAAUGAGUACCACUGGCGGCAGCGCAACGGAUACCAUGAGAAGGAACUCCUCUGUUCGCAGCACGACCGUCACGUCCACGUCAAGUGUUACGAUGACCAGCACGAGCUCUCCAACGAGUACCACUGGCAGCAGCGCGACGGAUACCAUGAGCAUGGACUCCUCUGUUCACAGCACGACCGUCACGUCCACGUCGAGUCUCACGAUGAGCAGCAGAAACUCUCCAAUGAGUACCACUGGCGCCAGCACGACGGAUACCAUGAGCACGAGCUCCUUUUUUCACAGCACGACCGUCACGUCCACAUCAAGUCACACGAUGACCAGCACGAGCUCUCCAAUGAGUACCACUGGCGGCAGCGCGACGGAUGCCAUGAGCACGAGCUCCUCUGUUCACAGCACGACAGUCACGUCCACGUCGAGUCGAGCGAUGACCAGCAAGAGCUCUCCAAUGAGCACCACUGGCAGCAGCGCGACGGAUACCAUGAGCAGGAACUCCUCUGUUCACAGCACGACCGUCACGUCCACGUCGAGUCGUGCGAUGACCAGCACGAACUCUCCAAUGAGUACCACUGGCAGCAGCGCGACGGAUACCUUGAGCACGAGCUCCUCUGUUCACAGCACGACCGUCACGUACACAUCAAGUCACACCAUGACCAGCACGAGCUCUCCAAUGAGUACCACCGGCGGCAGCACGACGGAUGCCAUGAGCACGAGCUCCUCUGUUCACAGCACGACCGUCGCGUCCACGUCCACUUACAAUUCACCUCUCACGGCGACCGGCACAGCCUCCUCGACGAGCACCGGGGGCACCAGCGUGACGGAAAGCAGCAGCGCGACAUCUCCGUACAGUACGACCGUCACCUACAUUUCACUUCUCACGGCGACCGGCACCGCGGGCGUGACGGAAAGCAGCAGCACGACCUCACCGUACAGUACGACCGUCACCUACACUUCAGCUCUCACGGCGACUGGCACCGCCUCCUCGACGAGCACCGCAGGCAUCAGCGUGACGGAAAGCAGCGGCAGGACCUCUCCGUACAGUACGACCGUCACCUACAAUUCACCUCUCACGGCGACCAGCACAGCCUCUUCGACGAGCACCGCAGGCAUCAGCGUGACGGAAAGCAGCGGCAGGACCUCUCCGUACAGUACGACCGUCACCUACAAUUCACCUCUCACGGCGACCAGCACAGCCUUUUCGACGAGCACCGCGGGCAUCAGCGUGACAGAAAGCAGCAGCACGACCUCUCCAUACAGUACGACCGUCACCUAUCUUUCACCUCUCACGGCGACCGGCACAGCCUCUUCGACGAGCACCGCGGGCAUCAGCGUGACGGAAAGCAGCAGCACGACCUCUCCGUACAGUUCGACCGUCACCUACAAUUCACCUCUCACGGCGACCGGCACAGCCUCUUCGACGAGCACCGCGGGCAUCAGCGUGACGGAAAGCAGCAGCACGAACUCUCCGUACAGUACGACUGCCACAGAUUCUUCGACGAGCACCGCGGGCAUCAGCGUGACGCAAAGCAGCAGCACGAAUUUUCCAAUGAGUACCACUGGCCGCAGCGCGACGGUUACCAUGAGCACGAGCUCCUCUGUUCACAGCACGACCGUCGCGUCCACGUCAAGUCUCGCGAUAACCAGCACGAGCUCUCCACUGAGCACCACUGGCAUCAGCAAGACGGAUACCGUGAGCACGAGGUCCUCUAUUCAUAG